AACAACAACAACAACAGAAUGCAUGGAGACAUGUAAACAAAUCUUGUUUAUUAAAGAAUGAAAUGAAGAAAUUAAAGUCAUAAUACAGGAGUGUGUUAAGGAUGGAUGACUCCCAGUAUCUGUCAAUAUUGCAUGGGCGCCUGGACAACCUCCCCACCCUCAAUUCUCGCCUCGUUAGAAUAUUUAUCAGCUCAACAUUUACAGACACUCGGGAGGAGAGGAAUGUGCUCUUGGAAGAUGUCUACCCCAGAUUGAAGACUGUCUGCAAGGAAAAAUAUGGCAUGGACUUUCAGCUGGUGGACAUGCGCUGGGGUGUCCCAGUGGAGGCGUCUGACGAUCAUCAGGCUACACAGCUGUGCCUGGAUGAAAUCAAGAACUGUCAGAAACUCUCCACGGGUCCAAACUUUGUGACAUUCCUGAACCAGAAGCACGGCUUUCGCCCACUUCAGACAACCAUUUCAGCAACAGAGUUUGAGUUGCUAACCUCAUGCUUGAAGGAGAGUGACGUGGACUCAUCCCUGGUAGAGUGCUGGUACAGAAGAGACGACAAUCAGGUACCCCCAGUGUACGUGCUACAGCCAAUCAGCUCCUUGAUACCAGGCUACAGGGACAAGAACAAUGAUGAUGCCCUGAAGGAGUGGGAUGAGGUGUUUGCAAAGUUGCGAGAGUGUCUGAGAUUUGCCAGCAAGAAAUGUUACGAGAAACAGCGCUUAUCAGAGGAGGAAAUGCAUAAAUACUACAUGUCAGUCACCGAGGCGGAAAUUUUCAACGGUAUCCUUAAGUUACCAGACAGCGCGGCGGAUCAUUGCCUGUGUUUUGUACGCAUCAUCGAUGACAUAACCUCUCAUCUGGAUCAUAGCAAAGCUUGGCGCUUCAUCGACGUCAUGACAGAAAAUCCGAAAUCUCUGGACAUGGAGGCUCAGAACAUUCUGAGUAGAUUGAGAGAUGAGAAAAUAGUGCGCAAGUUAAAUAACUUCAAUAUUACAAGAUACUCGGUUAAAUGGAGCGAACAUGAAGGCAUAAAUCGCGAAGACCACCAACAGUACCUGGAUAAUUUCAAAGACUCUUUCUACAACAGCAUGGUCGUCAAGAUCGAAUCUGCCGUGCGAAAGGAAAGAAGUCUUAACAUGGACGGGCUUUAUAUCGAGUUACUACAGCACUUGAAUAUGGCCAAUGAUCGAUGUCGGAUGUUUCAUGGACGCGAAGAGAUACUGAAGGAUGUGGCUUCAUACAUUCAGGGCUCCGAAAACAAGAUACUGGCUCUGUACGGGCAGUCCGGAUGCGGAAAGACGUCUAUUAUGGCACAGAUCGCAAAACUUGCACCGGGUUUGCUGAAGAACGCCGUUGUGGCCGUUAGAUUUCUCGGGACAUCGCCUAACAGCAGCAACCUGUGGCGUCUGCUGCGGAGUCUGUGUGAGCAGAUCACCAUCUGCUACGACAAGGACAAACAGCAGGUGCCAGAAGAUUUUGACGACUUAAAAGACCACUUUGUGAAGGUGUUGUCUUAUGCGAGUUCCUCAAAACCCCUUUUGAUUCUUCUUGACUCACUGGAUCAGCUUUCCAGGGAACAUCAUGCUUACAAGCUCAACUGGUUACCAAGGAAACUGCCGCCCAAUGUACGGUUCAUCGUCUCUACGUACACAGAAGCGUCUGAUCUGAUCGGUACGUUAAAGCUUAUGUUUUCAGCAAAGCAUUUCAUCGAGGUACCAGUGUUUACCCCAACACUAAGUGGUCAAGUGUUGAAAGCUUGGCUGAAACUCGAGAAUAGGACACUCACGGAUGAACAGUUUAAAAUGGUUGACUCAGCGUUUGAAAAAUGUAGUUUGCCUUUGUUUGUUAAACUCGCGUAUGAUCAGGUUCUGUUUUGGAAAUCAUAUACCCCUUUGGAAACUUGUCAACUGCGAUACACGGUUCAGCAAAGUAUCGAAACAUUGUUUUCUCAGUUAGAAAAGAAACAUGGCGUGACGCUGGUUAAGCGAGCUUUGUCAUAUGUUACCGCUUCAGGAUCAGGAAUCAGUGAAACAGAGCUUGAAGAUUUGCUCUCCUUAGAUGACUCUGCUCUCACAGAUGUGUUUCAAAUACAUGUGCCACCGUUGCGUAGAAUUCCACCGUUGCUUUGGGUACGCAUACGCCAUGAUAUCUCCCAGUAUCUGGUUGACAAAGAGGUCGACGAAGUGAGAUCCUUUUUUUGGUAUCAUCGCCAGUUCUUCGAAACCGCUCGGAACAGAUACCUCUCAGAUAAAGCAUACAACAUCGAAAUCCAUUCCCUGAUGGCAGAUUAUUAUCUGGGUAAAUGGUACGGAGUAAAGAAGCCAUUUACCUACACACCAGAACAAAUGAAGCGUGUUGGAGUCACUUCUUCCGAGAGUGAAGCAGACCGGAAAAUUUCAGCGCAGCCCUUGAUCUUCAAUGAAGAUGGUGAUCAGCGUCGAUACAACAAACGGAAACUUAGCAAGCUCCCGUAUCAUCUGUACAAAGCGAACAGAAGGAACGAGCUUCGCAGCCAUUGCUUAUUCAAACUGAAGUGGAUUAAGACCAAACUGAAAGCCGUUUCCUUUCACGAGGUCCUGCUGGAUUACACGCUGUUUGGUGAAAAAGACGGUGUCAUGCAUAAAGCACUGAAGGCAGCAAAAUCAACUUUGAAAUACUUUCCGGAAACAAUUGCAAUGGAGAUCGCCGGUCGUCUGCUUGCUCUGCUGCAGCUGAAAUCUGAAUCGCACGAAACCAAACUUCUGGAAGAUUCCUUGACUGCGUCUGCAGAGGAUUGUAGACUGGUUCCCUACGUUCCUUGUUACACCAUUCCCAGCGAGUCAGAGCUGUACAGCAUAGAAAAUGGCCGGGUACCAGUCAAUCCAAAAUUGUCUCCAAUCUCAAACGAUUCGUCACACUUUGCGACGCUUACUGAGGAUAACUGUUUACUUAUCUGGGAUGUCGAUAUGGGCGAACUUGAGACUACGGUUAUUUUGAUGGAAGCUGAGCAUCCAUCUUUGAAUGUCAUGGUCAAGCCUCCAAAACAGGACGUCAUCAUAGUUGGGACCACCCACCAGUCCAAAGGAAAUCCCAUCUUUAUUGUUAACAUUAAUAAUGGAGAAAUUGAACAGAAAUUGCAGUUGGAAAAAUCGUAUCCCAGCAUUGUGUUCUUUGACGACAUGAAGUUCUGUCUGUCUGACAAGAUUUUGCUGGUGAAUAUUUUGAAACAAGCUGCAGACGCCUUUGAUUGCAAGACUGGAAAGCUUCUGCAUGAAUUUGAAGGUCAACCAGAUUUUACAAGCUUUGCAGCAGACGACACUUUGCUGGUGAUGCAUCCCAAGCAGACAAAUAUGUUUACCAUUUUUGAUGCGGAAACGUUUAACUUUUUGACACAAGUGUCUUGUAAGGGUAUACCUAGAGCAUUAUUUAUUAAUGAGGAGGGUACAGUAGGCUGCAUUGUUAUCGAAAACACAAGUCAUUUCCCGCUAGUUUGCCUGGAAAAGACAGCGAAACUGGGACAAAUUAAAGGCAAAAUUGAUGCCUCAAGCAUGAACAACAACAAAAUUCAAAGGGUGAUAUUUAACAGAAAUCUUUGCAUGCUUGUCUCACUUGAAGGGUUUUUGUUGUUUGAUUUGAAGUCGAUGAAGAACCUGCGAGAAAUCAUAGUUCCGAGUAUAUACCGACCUCCUUAUAACGUACUUGGGUUUGAUGCAGUCAUUUCACCUGAUAUGGCAAAUAUUUUAGCUGGGUUCGAUAAAUAUAUAAUUGUGUGGGAUUUGAAAUCUGGAAAGAUCAUAAGUUCUAUUGACGCAACCCAGAGCAGAAUUGCGAAUUUAGAAAUGACUAAAAAUGGUGAACAGAUUAUCACAACUUUUAAUGGAAAUAACCUGAUAACAGCAUGGAGCAUUAAUGCGUUAAAAAAGAAUGUUCACAGUUAUAAACCAUUGUCGUUGAAAAAUUCCGCGCGUUAUAUGUGCGUCAAUCGAACAGGCACCACUGCUGUGGCGAGGAGUGUCAAUGCAGCAGAGUUUGCCGUGUUUGAUAUUCUCGAGGGUCGGAAACGCUGCGAAAUUUCUGAUCAAUACGAGGCCAUGUGCCCCCAUAUUACUGCAGAUGGAAAAUAUGCAGUACUUCGAGAAUAUACCUCAACUGAAUGUAUAAAAGUAUGGGACACUUUCAGUGGGGAGCUUGUGAAAUCAUUUCCAGUAUCAAGCUUACAUUUAAAAGGCUGUGUGCUCGGGACUCGGUCAGAAAACAUGGCGCUACUGACACAAGACGACAACAAGGAAAUCCUGGUCACAUUGUACACGUUGCCAUCUGGGAAAGAAAGAGGAAUAACUGUUAACCUUGCCCAGUAUCACAUGCUCCAAAUAUUCUUUGCAGCAGAAGACAAAUAUCUGCUAGUAGGAGUUGAGGAGCGGACGUUGCAAGGCGUGAAAAUUUACACCAAAUCGUACGAGGUUGCCACAGGUAAAGAAGUACAGACGUAUCCACAAAUGCAUCCACAAUUUGUGCAGAUGAUCACACCAGGAAGUGACUGUUUCAUGGGGCAUAGAAUACACACUGACGAAAAUGGUGUUGAAUCAUGGGAGUUGGCUGUUCUAAAUAUAGAAUCUGGCUCUUGCGUGGCAACUUGCCGGGAAUGUCCAGAAAGCGAGUUGUUUGUUGGCCAUCUAGGAAACUAUGGCAUUGACAAGCACAGAAAUGUUUAUGACCUGAAGAUCGGGAAAAAAUGUUUUCAGUUUGACCCAAAAUGUGAGAGGAAACCAAGCAAUCCAAAACCUAAACUCACUUGCGACGAGAAAACGGCAUUGUGGGUGGAUCCAUCAGCGGGCUUAGUAAAGAUGGGUAGCAUUGAAACGCGAGAGAUAAUUGGCAAAGUGGCGACUCAUAGCUUGGUGAUGAACUUAGCAGUCACAUCAAAUGGAAUCGUAUUCAUCGGCUGCGAAGAUGGGCGUAUAAUGUUGCUGCAAAUAGUGGACGGCAAAACAAGAGACAAGGAUCUGUUCCAGAAAACGUUUCUGCGGUCCACAAGGAAAGGCCUGCAUGUUCGGGAAAGUGUUCUGAAAUCUCUCAAACCAAACAAUAACCGUCAGAGUACAGAACAGCGAGAAUCUAAAGAUGGCAACAAAAGUAAAGCAUGUUCGAUACUCUGAUUUGUGUCUUGCAGUAGCACACAGUAUUGUCCGAUUUACUUCACACCUGGGGAAUAUGGACUGUGCUUUGGGUUCAUUCAUUACAAGUUCCAUUAAGUUACUAUGGUGCAUUUGUUUUAUUAAUUGUAUUUUAUUAUAAUAUUUAUAAUUAUUUAAUACAAUGAACGAUGACUGCACAUGCCGAUACCAAUUUUACUCAUUGAAAAUAAUUUAAUAUGUAAAUGACGCAUUGUCAUUUUUUCUUGUAAUAAAGUACUCUAAAUGUACAAACAUCAUUUUGGUUAGUCCAAAAAUUUAGACUUAAUCUACUUCGAUGCAUAUGGACCUCAUAUUUAUAGGAGUACAUUUUGGUAUAACUUUUUGAUAGAACUGGUAGAACGAUUUUAACACAAAGCUACCCAUUUUCCUGCAAGGGGUUGUGUGUUCGAUAUGUAUGAGGCUAUCUUUUGAUCGCAUAAUUGUGUAUAGCAUAAAGAACAAUUUUUGCUGUCUGUAAAAGUUUUUAUGAAAAGAAAACAAAGGUGGCAGUUAUCCAACUUAUCCAACUUGCAGAUGGAAAAUGAAAAUGAAAAAAAUGCACCGAUAAAGCCUAUGUUUUACUUCUUAAUAAAUGUUGUGCAAUUCUAGCUUGUCUGAAAGAGACUUUUCCCUGUGUUAGGGUAAUAUUUUUAAAUUUACAGCACCUCAUGUGAUUUACUGUUUGUUUUGUGUAUGUCUUCUGUAUGUGUCCCAAUAUUUUGUAAAUGACUUCUCUAAAACGUCACCAUAAUACUAUUGAUAUUAGGGUAUCCCAAUAUCCCGGAUGCCCCAAGGGUACACUUUCUGUUAUUUGAUAUGUAUGUCUUGUUUAAUUGUUUUUUUGCUUCUUCGUAUAUUUGUUUAGUAAUUCUAUAAGACAUUUAAUGAAAUCCUUUCAUCGGCAGUUUUCCACCUAUCUCUUAUGCAAGUAGUGUAGUUGGCAUUAACAGCAAUACGUAUGUGCACUUAGUACUGAUAAAGAAGCUAACCCAGGACAUGUGAGAGUUGGUUAACUUACCGCUGAGGUAUGAACAAACAUAACGUUAUGAGACAUUUAAUCAAGUACGUUAGUGUACAUUUCAUGUAUUCAUCUUGACCAUAGUGCAUUUACAACGAUUAUUUAAUCAGUCUGGGCUGUAUGGUUUCAAUCACAGGGAAGUCUCGAUUUUUUUACUAUAUACUUUAUUUGCUUACAAGGGAUACAACUAGUUUUUUCAACUUUCCAAUGAAAGCAAUUAAAAUAACAAAAACGAUUUAUUUUCUUUGUUAAUGUUAGCUCAAUUACCGAAAAAAUACGAACUGUAACGUAUUAUUUGAUUGUUUUUCUUUCAUAAAAAGACUGACAUUUUGCGAAAAAGGCAAAAGCUAUCAAAAUCGACACGGGUUUGAUACACAAGGUAAACAAGUAAUACCCCUGUAAAACAUCGAUAGGCGGCUAUUUUGUAUCAUUUAUAAUACCGUAUGAACUUACAAAGAAGCAACCUUGGGAACAUAUCGUGCGCGUGUUAUUCAUGACUUAUUGAUUUAAUCUAUAUAUUUUUAGUAAUUUACCAUCAACUUCAGUAAAAGUCUGCCAUAGUUUGUUGUUUACAAUGAUCUCCUAUACCCGGCUUGUAUGUAGUUGUCAUACGUAAAGCCGAGGAGCAAUAUCGUUCGGUGGCGCUUUUUCCAACAAUGGUGAUUGUAGCUGUGCAAAAUAAAAGAGAAAACAAUAUGUUUUAAAACAAGACGAAAUCAUAGUUAAUGGUAAGAUAAUGUUAUACGCCUGCGAAAUAAUUCAAUUUUUUUCAUCAAACACCAUCGGAAAUCGCACGCAAUCUUAUGUCUUAAUGUUUUUUCACGGGUGAAAUUCAGAAAAAUAAUUGUUGCAAACCAGUGUCGACUGAAUUUGUGGCUAGUUGUAUCCCUUGUUAGUAUAUAAAUUUAAAAAAUCGAGACUUUUCCCUGUGGUUUCAAUAAAUCAAAGAUUUCGUGACAAGUUGAAAAUGAUCAUUCAACAACAGACUUGAGAAAUACUCAAAGAAAUUGAACAUUAUAUUCAUAGGAAUUACGUGUUUUUUUUUUUUAAUAAUCAUUAUUUUAAUUUGUUGUAUGACAUGUUAUAAAACCAUUCCAUGAUGAAUGCAUGUGGGCAUCAUUUAUGGUUUCUUUACGCAUAUCAUACGUCAUACGUUUGUCAUUGGAAACCGUUUUCAUUCAAGUUAUACAUUUAUUCCUUUGUUAAAAAUAAUGUUUGGAACGAGUACAUACAUCCAUUUUCCUCACCUGAUUAUGCAUUUCUCUUAUUGCAUGUAUUUUGUUAAUUCAAUAUUUAUUUACAAUACUGCACAUAUAAUGUUUUUCUACACAAAUUUACAAGAUGCACCUUUGUUGUGUUCCAAAUAACACAAUACAAUAUUGCAACUAUUGCGUAUUUAUAUCCAUUUUUUUAACAAUACUGCGCUUUUGUAGUUUUUGCAUAGUCACAACUACUUACCAUUAUUAUGUUUCCUUAUACAUUAAUUACAACUUAAUUGUCUGCUCCUAUAUCAUUCUGUGACUGUAUGUUUUCUUUUAGAUUUUCAUCGUAUGAUUUUUAACAUUUAGAUUUACAUUCACAAAUAUGUUCCACGCUUUUUCUAUACAUUAAUAUACAUACUUGUGUUAUGCUGACAAUUAUGCUAGAACCUGCAUUUGUUAGCUAUCCAACAUAAAUAAAAUCCUUCACAAAAUUAUAAUUUUAGAAACAAAUUAAAUGUUGAAAACUUUCUGAUAAUUCAUAGAUCUUUUACGUUUUUUACUUUAUAUUAUUUAUGAAUUCAUCACCUUAUAUUUUGUCAAUAUUUCAUGUCUGUGAUAAAUAUUUUGUUACUAUUUCUAGAAUAUAUUUUUGCAAUUAUCCUACCUCUUCAAUGGGUAUUUUGCUUUUUUCUGUACAUCUAUAGUACAAAGUAAGUGGGGUACACUGGAAUCACCAUAAUCGUCUUUCCGUCUGUCUAUGAAUCUGUCCAUAAACCCCACUUUUGCAGAAGUUUUACACUUUUUAACGUACAACAUUAAAACUAAAUUUCUGUUACAUCAUUAUUGUUACUAUAGACUUUUAACUACAAAUAUAAAUCUCUGAAACAA